GUUUCGUAAAACAAGUGAAAUCCGUCAUGGCGGCUGGCAGAGUAGCAUGUUUGGGGUUAAAUGCCCUUCAUUCCCCCUUCUGCGCUCCGAAACAGGCACUGAGGAGCUGCUGGGGGGUUCUGGAGCAAGUGAGGGGAUACUAUGUUAACUGGAGGAUGCUGAGAGAUGUCAAGAGAAGACAGAUGGCCUUUGACCAUGCUGACGAAAGGUUACGGAUUAAUGCACUGAGGAAGAACACAAUUCUGCCCAAAGAUCUUCAGGAAAUAGCAGAUAAAGAGAUCGCAGCACUCCCUAGAGACAGCUGCCCCGUGAGAAUACGCAACAGGUGUGUGUUAACCUCCCGACCUCGGGGAGUAAAGCGGAGAUGGCGACUGAGUCGUAUUGUCUUCCGUCAUCUUGCUGACCACAAUCAGAUGUCUGGGAUCCUGAGAGCAAGGUGGUGACAUGUUGGAUAUGGCAUUUAAAGUGUCCCAUUCAAUGCAUGAAAGUUGGAGAAUAUCAUUUUAGACUUCUGGAUGUUUUAUGUUUGUUCUGGGACAGUAAGGUGCUUUUAUUUUCCUGCUAUGUUUUGGAAAAUUAAAAUCAUCAGCGAUAAUAUAAAAUUGGAAGACUAAAAUGUCAGUUUAACUGAAGUGUACAAAAAAAUGAAUAAAGAUUGUUGUAAAUUCUUGGUAUCAUAAA